GUAAACUAGCCAAUAUGGCUGCGUCCUUGACCGGCAUGUUUUGGUUUUAGUGAAGUGAUAAACAUGCGCUGUAGUCGUAAAUUUACGGAGAGGUUAAGUGUUAAUAGAGCCGAGUAAAGGGAAAAUGGAGAGACGACAGUUCAUUGCGUCUCUGGUGGCAGGAGGCUGCGCCGGGAUGUGUGUGGAUCUGACCCUAUUCCCAUUAGACACCAUUAAGACCAGACUGCAGAGUCAGCAGGGUUUCCACAAAGCGGGGGGCUUCAGGGGGAUCUACGCCGGGGUGCCGUCUGCCGCAGUCGGAUCCUUCCCCAAUGCCGCUGCGUUCUUUGUCACCUACGAGUGCACCAAGUCCCUCCUCGGCGCCAGCGGAGCUUUCGCAGCGCCGCGCACGGCACCUGUCAGUCACAUGCUGGCCGCCUCCCUGGGAGAAAUAGUGGCGUGUUUGAUCCGGGUGCCUACAGAAGUGGUGAAGCAGAGAACCCAGGCCUCUCCCUCAUCCACCACCUACAACAUGCUGCUGGCCACUCUCAGAGAGGAGGGUGUUCGAGGUCUUUACAGAGGAUACGGCAGUACGGUCCUCAGAGAGAUCCCAUUCUCGCUGGUGCAGUUUCCGCUCUGGGAAUAUUUAAAGGCGCGGUGGCAGCCUUCGUCACCACCCCUCUCGACGUGGCGAAGACCAGGAUCAUGCUGGCCAAGGCGGGCUCAGCCACGGCGGGCGGCAACAUCCCAACGGUGCUCUGCGACGUGUGGAGGAGCAAAGGCCUUCCAGGGCUGUUUGCAGGCAGCGUUCCGAGGAUGGCCUUCAUCAGCGUGGGAGGCUUCAUCUUCCUGGGAGCGUACGAAAAGGUCCGCCACACUUUGCUAUAGCGGGGCUUCGGGGCACUCACCCCCCUACAGCAGACCCUCGGUGUCGCCCUGCAGCCUGGGGAACGCUGCCAGCCUCGGUGCCCUGAGGAUUCGGAGCCGACUACAUUACCCAGGAUGCUGCAUUCCUGGUGGAUAACGUGGAAAAGACUCGAGCGAUAUUUACGACCCGCUCCUGUAAUUUUGGAAUGGAUUUUGGAAUUAAAGACUCUCUUUUAUACUUCUUGUGAUUUUCCCGUCACCCUCUAGACUCCGGUGCUACAACGUUUAAUGUCCGUUUGUUUAAUGUUUUAUCCAUAUUUUCUUCUCUCUGUUAGGCUCAGUCACCUGCGUAAAAGACCCACCCGGGAGACGCAGCGAUAUGUCACUGUUGUUACAUUCCAACUAGAGCAAAGCUGACCUCAUCCCACCUACGGGAGCCGUAUGUUUCCCCCUGAGACGCCACCAACAAUAGAGCACUUUGUUGAAUUAGCAAGCCUGUGGGGUUGAUCUGCAGGCUCGGCUGCUCCACACUAGAUUCUUCAUUACAGCUUCAGGUCUUACCUGUCAAGACUUUAUUGUGUCUCUUUCCUUAGCUAUGUGGAAAACAUGGUAGGAACUUUAGAGGGUGGAAAAAGUAGGAUGUCCUCUGAAAGUCUGUUUUAAACAUAUUUUUUUUGGUAUUAGCAUCCAGCAUCAAAUUUUAGCAAGAAAUCGACUGUAGCUUGACUAGAUCAUGAGUUCAACCCAGAAUGCAUCAGUUUGUACCUGCUGUUGUGCAUGAUGUACGGUAAGUUGCGUUAGUAAAUGAAUAUUUGCUUAGCGAAUUAGGGCACCGGAACUGGCUCUAGCAUCUUUGUACAUCCUUGUAAAUCCGACCCUGCCGAUGUUCUCUAAUUUUUUGCAGAUCAGAUCGUGAUGUUUUGCUUUUUUAAAGUCCUUUGGCCUACUUCAUGCUGGCCUAUUUAAGUAAUUCUUUUGAUUUGUUAAUCAAAAAGAUUGACCAGUCACAGACAGAUGGGCCUGUCUGUGUUUUUGUCCUCAGUCAUAUUAUCUUUGCUAAUAUUAGUUUGACAAUCUGAAACCGUUAAGGGGGGCAAAUACUUUCCCACAAUGUCAUAUUGCUGCAUUGAUGUGGCAUUUUAGAUUCCUAAUACGCUGCUGCAGUGAGAAAUGUGUCUGGGUUCCAAGCUGGUCACAAAAAGAAAUUCCUGAAUAUUUUCCUACUUGCGGCCUGAGCCAGGCAUAUGGCUUUGAUUCGGUUUGCAAAGGUUUCUGAGACAUCAGCUGCUGGGAUCCGCAACUUGCAUGCGCAUUUCAUCUCUGCGUUUGAUCUCUUAUUACAGCAGAGCGUCUGCUUUCUACCUUACUCCCCGCAAAAGUGACAAGAAGACGUGCAGAAGGUUUAAAAUGAAGAACAAAGGGGGAGAUUUUCCAGGUUUUGUGUGUAUACAGUUGAAACCAGACUUUUUUUUUUACCCCCACCUUACUACGAAGUUAAAUCAGAUCAAUCUUCUUGUUUUAUUUCAGAAUAAGAAAAAAGAUUUUAUGUUUAUCAUUCAGUAAAUGGAAAUCAUUUUUGAUCAUUCUAACUGAUCUGAAACUGAUUUAACUUGAGACUUGGGGUGUUUAGGGGGGGGAAUCGUCUAUGUAAACUUUAGGUUUCAACUGUAUGUUAAAAUUUAGUUGCAUCUUCACAAGAAAGAUAGAUAUAAGCAUUUUAUAAGAGCGAUAAAUGUGUCCUGUGUGUCAGAUGGGAAGAAUGAGCGUGGGCACGUUUAAAUGCAGGGAGACAUUUUGGUAUUGGCGCCGUAGUUUUUUUUUUUUGUCCGUCACGUAUCGGUGAGAAAACAGAAAUGACUUCAAAGACAAGUCAGACUGUCACUGUGCUGCUGAGCAACAGUAGCCGCCGUGUGAUUGGUGGAGGCCACAGCCUGGAGCCUGUCAAUCACCUGAUGACAAUCAUCCAUCUGGAAUGCGCAUCCUGAGCCUGAAGUCAGCCUCCAGUCAAAAGCUGAUACUUCCAACAGGCCGCGGCUGGAAGGGGGUACAAUAAAAAAAAAAAGAAAAAAAAAAAGAAGCCUGCUGUCUUUGGAGCUGCGAGGAGCCAGGAGAGAUUCCUGCUGGAGGUUCAGCUUUGUUUCAUGUCGCAGCGAACGCUUCAUUUGAACUGAUGACUUCUCCAUAAGCACCGCGACAGGAGGGAGGAGACGAGGACGCCAAACGCUAAUUCGGCUCGAAACAUCUGCUCCGUGGGUUUGUUGCACCAGUGAGGGGGGAAAAAAACACA